AUGCUGUUGAAUCUUGGCCUUACAGCGGACGCCGCAGCUGCCCACACAAAUGAUCCGAGUCCUCCUGUCAACUCUCCAGUGUUCUCCUUGUCAGCGUUUCCAUUGCUGAACACCUUUUACAAGCCUAAACAAUCCGAUGCUUCUGAGACGUGUCCCGGGCUAAUUUCGGGACUCACAUCUGCCAUGGGCAUGAGUCCGGUCGAGUCCGCAGAGAGCGAAGGGGAAGCAUCACAACCACAGCAGCUUCCCGUUAGACCUCGUACCAGCCGUGCAACAUCUGGCCGGAAGUCCACGCGGCUCAAGACUUCCUACCAGUUCGCUCAUCCUGCCUCGCAUGCUCGUCACAAACGGUUACGAUUUCGCCCUAAGCUCCUCUUACAGCUGCAGCAGGUGUCGCAGACACCUCGGCCGCUGCCAGUCGUCGACAUCCUCCCGUCGACUUCAUACCUGCCCCUUCUGGCUCGCAAGUUCCCUGCCAUCUAUCGCACCAGAAACGGACUGGGUCCGUAUGAUUUAAUUGUCGUUAUCAGUGAACAAUACGAGCGAACGGUCACCAGCAUCCCCGAGAAACAAGCCAGCUCAGAAGACGAGGCUGAAGACCAUCGCGAGGUCGUGGCGACCAUCUGUCAAAGGACACAAGAAGAUGCUCGGUUGAAAGGAAAGGCAGAGAUCUGUUUGAACUUUGGACCGGUCUGGGAGGCAACCCCCCUUCCAAGUGGUUCAUACGAGUUUGUUGCGCAGACCGAGAAUGGCCCGCAGGUUAUGCGAUGGGCUUUACGCGGUGGGAGGAACCGUCGGAUGACUGCGCCGGCGGAAAUGAACUCCCGCGACGAAGGCAAGCGAUUCACCUUUAGCGUUAUCGACCCGACUACCCGCCGACAUCCUGUCAUUGCUUCCAUGACUCGCAAUCAGUUGGAAGUGCACGAUGAGUACUCUAUGACCACCCGGACCGGUACUGGCCCUGCGACUCCGACUUCAGCUAUGUCCGUAGUGAGCGAUGCCUCGGAUGACACACCCCUCGACGCGAAUAUUGUCACACUUGAUGAUGGACUGCGAACUCUGAUCAUCACCACCGGCAUCUGGGUCGCCUUCCGCGAGGGAUGGUCCCACAACUUCAGCUAUGACGACUUGGUUUCCUCCGGCGCAAGAUCAGUCGUGUCUCCGUCAUCUUCAAGAAAUGCUUCUCCAACAGUAGCCAGGAAUGAGCACGAUGCUUUCCCUGACAAUGACGAAGCCAGCCCCACAAAGGGAUCCAGCGGCAAGCGCUGCAUGUCAAUCUCAAGUGUUCGACGUUCCAAUACGGCAGCUGCGGCGGAUGACAAGCAAUUUGGAAGCCUGUCUAAGCGCUCAAACUCGACUGGUGCCGCAUUCAUGGAGCGAGCCAAACGACGCUCUGCCUCGGGAUUGAGUACCCGACUAAACCGACACAGCAUGUUCACCACGGGCGAGCAUGGUCGCGACAUUGUCGUUUCCCGCUCUCGUCCUGCAUCAAUACGUCAGAAUUCCUCUUCAUCAGAAGAGUCGUCUGAAGCGCCUCCCCGGUCGAAAGCUCCUAAUCUCAAGCCGGAGAAGGAAAACACAACAUCUACGGGACCCGACAAAGACAUUUCGGCUUCAACCCCUCGUCAAGCACAGAAAACCUAUCGAAAAGAGAAGCCCGAACCCCCCAAACCAGAAGCAGUCGAUUCAACCCCAAAACUCAAACGUCGCCACCGUCUCAGUACCUUCUUCAACAUGUUCAGCCGAAAACACGAUAACCAUUGA